UAUUCCAAUUCUAUUUCCUGGAGACGGAAUCAAUUCAUCUUUUGUAAAAUAAUGAGUUGCUUAAGGGACACUUGCGAACCUGUGGACAUUUAUUUUUGACCAGGCCAAUGACGAUGCCAUUACAUUUAUGAGACUGUGGCUCUGAUGUUUAAUUCCGUUUCGUCUUUUUCCAGCCUUCCUUUAAUUGUGGCACAGUAACGUUUAACUCGUGCUGCGCCGUUGCACGAGCUCACGGGUCGCCGUCUCGCCAGAAGAGGGCAUUCCGAUUCUGCCUGACAAAGUUGCUUCGACACGCAGACGCGGAUAACAACGGCGUCAGGCUGCAUCUCAAACCCAGCAACUACGACGACGGAGCAAACCUUCGGACGGAAGCGCGGAUAUCUGGGUACGUGACUGCACCGAGCGGCGCCGACGCCGUUCGACGGGGACUUGUGGAUGAGCUGCCGUCACUUUCUCCCGUGCGCCGCGCACGGAUCAAACUGAGCCCCGAAGCAGAGGCGCCGCGGCUGAUUGAGGGAGUGAUCCAAGGGCUGCCUGGAAAAUUACGCUGCAUUUGUGACUGAUGCCACCCCGUUUUUGAAGUGCUUGUGAUUUUCGUGGAAUCUCUGCGCAUGUGAGACUGACAUGAAUUACCUGGAUGUGGCUUCGCUCUCGCCUGCGCCUACUGCGGUACUGUUUCUGGCUGUAACUUGAAAAAACAGAGCUCUUUUUUCCCCAGGAAGACAUGGAUCGGGAGUUCUGAACCCGGAUUGCCCCCUAUAAAUCUGGAGUUGGAAGUAAAUGACAUUCGGGCCGGUUCGCUUACACGGUCAUAGAUGCAGAACUAAACCGGAUAGCGCAUCCAAGUGUGGGAGACGAAAGGGCAGGUGCGCUUUGGAGUCGGCGGCUGCGCGCAGAGACCGGGCUGGAGGAUUAGGACGGUACCUGUCUGUGGAGCGCGCGCCAUGCGGACUCGGAUGUCGCGCACCAGAAGCCAUUAAAACCUGUGGGCUGGAGCUGACAGACAAGCGGAUAUGGGCUCUGCUCUGCGGCGUCGCUGGCUAGUUGUCCAACUCCUGAUGCAGGUGUGGCUGGCGGCAAAUCCAUCACUGAGUGAGCGCCCAUGCCCCAAAAGCUGCCGCUGUGAUGGGAAAAUAGUCUACUGUGAGUCAAGCGCCUUUCGUGAUGUCCCCAAGAAUCUCUCAGGAGGCUGCGAAGGUCUGUCCUUACGGUACAACAGCCUCGCCAGCCUCCGCACAGGCCAGUUUGUAGGCCUCAACCACCUUAUCUGGCUCUACUUGGACCACAACUACAUUGCCUCUGUGGAUGGAAUGGCCUUCCAGGGUGUCCGUCGGCUCAAAGAGCUGAUCCUGAGCUCCAACAAGAUCACGUCACUCCACAAUAAUACAUUUCACCCUGUCCCUAAUUUGCGCAAUUUGGACUUGUCAUACAACAAACUGCAAGCCCUGCAGCCUGGGCAGUUCCAGGGGCUACGGAAGCUUCUCAGCCUGCACAUACGCUCAAACUCUCUAAAAAUCAUCCCCACGCGUCUUUUCCAGGAUUGCAGGAAUCUGGAGUUCUUGGAUCUGGGUUACAACCGUCUGCGUAGCAUCACUCGGAAUGCGUUUUCAGGCCUGGUCAAGCUCACUGAGCUGCAUCUGGAACACAACCAAUUCUCAAAGAUCAAUUUCUCUCACUUUCCUCGUCUUUACAAGCUGGAGACCCUUUACCUGCAGUGGAAUCGCAUUCGCUCAAUGAGCCAGGGCUUGACCUGGACCUGGGCUUCCAUCCAGAAACUGGAUGUGUCUGGGAAUGAUCUGUCAGAGUUAGAUGCUGUAGUUUACCAGUGCUUACCCAACCUGCAGACCCUCAACCUAGACUCUAACAAGCUAACCAACAUCUCCCAGGAAGUGGUUGAUGCAUGGAUCUCUUUGUCUACCAUCAGCUUAGCUGGGAAUGUAUGGGACUGCAGCCCUGCCAUCUGUCCUCUGGUGGCCUGGCUGAGAAACUUUAGAGGGGCUAAGGAGACCACCAUGAUCUGCGCGUCCCCUAAGAAAGCUCAGGGUGAGAAGGUGAUGGAUGCUGUUGAAGCUUUUGGUGUUUGUCAAUCAAACCCUGCCACGAUGCUCACUGUGAGUAUCCCUCCAACCCCACCUAAUGUCCCGGUUCAGACGGAUCGUCGCCCAGCCAUUCUGCCGUUGCCCACUGGUCCUGUGAAGAAAGAAGGAUCUGCUAGAGGCCCAACGUCGUCAGUCGUGACCCCCCCUGUUGCACUUCCCCCGGAACAAGACCUGGAGCCAGUGUCCUUCCACAAGAUCGUGGCUGGAAGCGUUGCCCUUUUUCUGUCGGUGGCGAUGAUCCUGUUGGUAAUCUACGUGUCUUGGAAGCGCUAUCCGAGCAGCGUCAAGCAGCUGCAGGAGCACUCGGCUGCAGCUCGCAAACGUCGCAAGAAAGCGAGAGAGACGGAGCGCACCCUGAGCUCCCCGUUGCAGGAGUACUAUGUGGACUACAAGCCCAACAACUCUGAGGCCAUGGAUGUGCUUGUCAAUGGGACCGGACCCUGCACCUAUACCAUCUCAGGCUCCCGAGAAUGCGAGGUUCCCCACCAGAUGGGUGCGUUGACCUUCUACCGCUAUGAACAGCCUAUUGUAGAUUACUGCCAGGCCCAUCAACCCCUGCGGCUCAACAUGGGCUACGAGGGCCCCCCCCAGGGCCUGGAGGGCCUGGAGGACCUGGGGCCGUGUGAUAGGGGCACUAUACAGACAGUGGCGCUGCCCGCCGUGCCCUCAGCUGCCAGCAUAGUGGCCCCAGUGCCAGGGCCCCGCUCCCCCCCGCCUCCGCUCAGACCCCCGGCCGAAGGUCCCGGCGGCCCCUUCGCCACCAUGGAGCGCACCGGCACACUUAAGUUUGGACGCUAGCGAGCCGAUCCUGCUUCUUGGAAGUGGGGACGGGCCUUUGAUUCACCGUGACUUGAAAGCGAGGGGCAGGCGAGCUGGUUAUUCAGUGGGGCCUUGUUUUUUGUUUUUGUUCAACAUAGGUUUGUGAACUAGAGGACAACAUUUUCAGUGUUUGCCUGAAGGGACUUGCCAUUUCACACACAGUGUCAUUCAUUCAGUGGAGGUCAGACCCCCUCACUGAUCAUUUAGAUUGUUCUUUUCCAAAGCACUUAAUAGACGACAUAGACGUAAUCCGGCAAAGGAGGAAUGAAGUGCAGGACUAUUUCCAAUACUUGGGUGUUUUACGUGUCCCACAUUAACAUCCUGCGACACGAUGGAGUCCUCGAGCUUCGACUCAGGAGUAGGGAAUGUGCAAUAAACACCUGUUCUGAAUUGCAAAAAGUGGAAGUAGAUGCGAUGAAGGGGAAGGAGGCAUCUUACUGUGAUUCUUCUGAAAUGUUCUAGCCAGAUGUUACAUAAAGAGAGAUCCAUCCCAUUAUUUGUUUAGGUUUUCAUUCCCUCCUUCACUUCAUGUAGUUUCUUUAGGAUCCCAUUGAUGUGCAUGUCAAACCAAAGAGUUUACUUAUAGUUUUCUUUUGAUGCACAUGAGCUUCUUAAACGCCCUGUCCUCACAGUCCCAGAUCAUAGGUUAACACACAGUAUUAGUGAAGCGCCACGUCCAGGUCGGGUCCACAAACCGGACCUCCGUGACAUCGCUUCGCUGGCAUGCUCUAGAAUUAACUCCAUCUACAGCCCAGGGCCCCUGUCACAUCACAACCACUGGUCUUUGUUUCUGCUCAGUUCCUCACUAUGCUUUAAUAAAGAGGUAAUGGUGGUAAAAGAAGUAUAUUUGAAUACAAAGUAUUGUACAUAUUCUUAAAGAGGUCCAGGACUGAAGUGAAGGUCCAGCUGCUCUCACUGCCCCAGUCAUCCAAACACUGUUGAUCACACUGGACAGUGUGGAGCGCAGUGCUGUUUGCUGCUGGCUCCUCUUGUCUGCGACCUGCAGUAUCAACCCGUGGACUGACUGGGUCCUGCCUCACAUCUCCCUUUUUUCAGUUCUGGCCUUUAUUGCAUCCAGGAACCCUCUGACUGUCAUGUCAAGCACUGCUACUUGUUGACUUAUGGGCCAGAUGAAGACUUCAGAUUUGGCCGCGUCGGCCUUUGGAAUUUCAUCCCAGCUUAAUCCAAGCAGAGCGCCGAGGUUGGUUAUUACAUGUCAGUGGUCAGACUCGGAGGAGAUGUGGAAGCUGCGCUCGCUCGUCCCACAGCGCAACUGAUUGACUCACAGACGAAGGGGCCAAAAAUGUCCUCACGCCAAGUGGGCACGUCGUCAACAGACUGAACCGGAAAAAAAAAUAGGCAAAUCUAUUGUUUUGUUUUGUUUCGUUGUCUUUGGGUUCGGAACUGAGGAGACAGUUUUUGAUGUGUACAAAGAUGAUGUCAAGAAAUUCUAUAAGACAGAAUCAAAUAGAACUUAUUUAUCAUGUAAAUAGCCAAUCUUUACAGUAAUUAUGAAAAAGUAUGAACUCGACUUCUUCUGAAACACACACUGCUUGUGACCAGAAGAGGAGCCUUACUGACUCUCCAGGGGAACCUGUUUCCGCGGCGACUGGGUGAAGAGGUUCCUGCUGCAACGCUCCUGUUGUUUCGACGAUAAAUAUUUUUCUAUCUGCUCCCGUCACUAUUCUACCAUUUCAGAAAAAAAGGAAAAAAAAUCUGUUAAUAAGGUUAUUUCUCAAAUCCAGUCGUUUUAACGGAGGUGAGACUGGGAGCUGUGUUGAUGUGACAUGUGUCAAGUGUCGGACGUCCAAUCAAUCCAUUUUCUUUGUGUUCUGAGUUGAGAGUUGCCACACGAUGUGUUGCAGGUUGCAUCCACCAACCACUCCUCUGUUUAGGUAAUCCAACACAAUCGGCCGUAGGGGAGGAGGCGUGUGCUAUAAGUUCAACAUGUCAAAGAUGAUUUUAGUGUCUCUUUUUUUGAUGUGCCAUUAUUUAGUUUAUGUUUGUACCCAAAUCCAGCCCAGAACAACAAAUAACCCAAAAGUCUCCAUGGUUCCACGACUCAGAAGGGCUCGGUGCCCUUCAUGUACAGGACAUUGCAUAAAAUGCAGUGGAUUCGCUCAGUACGGUUGCUUAAUAGUGCUGGUGGAGUUUACUUUGUAAUAGCAGCUGUGCCAAUGUCUUUAUAAUGGGAGCUCUCUCGAUUCUCUCCAUGUAUUGUCUUGCCUUGCUCUAUAUCACCCCUGCUAACUCCUUGGCCUGAAUCUUCUGUCUGCCUCUUGGUGACUCGGGUGAACCUGUUUAAUGAUGUUCUAUUCCUGUCCGCAUGCUGAUAUUUCGGGAAGCGUUGCCCAGUUAGGGAGGAGCACUGAACCAGAGACAAACAGUGUGGGAGAUAUUUCCUGUCUGAAGUGCCCUAGAACCAGAACCACAUGUCACGGACGAGUCCAGUGAUUUUAAAGCAACUUGUUUGCUGACCCGUCCUGCCCCUGUCUCGUCUAAAGCAGACUUCCCUGGCACUAUAUAGGCUGUUGAGCUGAGAGAGAGGCUCGUGUCGGGCACUUACUCCAGAGACAGACUUUUCCCUUUAAUAGUCUCCUGCUAGCGCUCAGCUCCCCAUAUGUAGUAAUUACUUCAGUUUUCAGAACAGCGAUAAUGCUUCAAUUCAGUCCAAACACAAUGAUCAAAGCUACUUUGCCCUUCAUGUGUAAUUACAAAAUGCUAAUAAAAUCUGUGUAUGUUCACAAUUAAAUCAACUACUAAUAAGGGAUUGAUUAAUCUCGACUACCUCCCUGAUAAAAUCAGAUGUGUUCAGCGGAAUGCUGGAAUCCGGCUGCCAGUAAUUAUUUAGUCUUUUGUCCGUUUCCUUUGCCAUCAGAGAGCUGGAAGCACAGGCGCUGCAUGCUAAUGAUGCAUGUUGGAGCUGAACUCCAGGACCGUCUGUGCGAGCCCCGCGACGCCAGCAGCCUUUAUUUUCCCCGUUUGCCUUGUUUGUUUAUGGUUUUGUACACCCCGAGCUCCACGCCACUCUUCUCUGCUUCCGUUUGGGCUCUGGUCCCCACUGGGAGCACUUUUUAUUUCUUUUGUGCUUUUUUUUCCUCUCUUCUCUUUUUGCUUGGGGUGGGGUGAAGAAAGGUCUGAAAAAAUUGCAGAGAAAACUUUCAUAUUUUCAGUGUUUAUGCUCAGAGGAGAAGCUAAACGCAAAUCUGAAAGGAGAGAGAGGGAGGAGAUGAGAGGGAGAGCGGGAGAUGCUGAGCAACAGGGAGGAUGCAGACGGACAAACGUGACGGCAAAGUGAAGGAGGAGACACAAGCAGCCGAACCAGAACAGUGGGAAGUGUCGCCACACGCUCAGGCCAAUACGUCCUGCGCUCGGUGGAGAGAAACACACCUACACCUAAACAGACACCGGUCACAUCAGCCCACAAUCCAUCACACGUAAACACGGACAGGCAACACACGUUUGACAAAUGAUCCCAGGGUCCUCGCAGGUCCGUUCCCGUUCAGCAAGGCCUCAGCGGCUCCUAAUCCAUUACCUGAUAAAUAGAUUGGAGGAAUUAAUUCGGAGCCAGACGCGGGUUUGCAGCUUUUCCUCCUCCACAUCUGUGUCUCACCCAGCAGGUAGCGCUGGUUGAGGCCACACAGCACACGGAGUCAGCACAUAUCCGGCAGCUAAGCAGGACACAAACAUGCUAACGCACCCAUCUGCAACGCGACAUUCCCAAACUGACGUCCUCUUUUUAUUGUGUCAUCACUAUGUGUGCGCUCGGCAAAGUGGGAGGAAAUAAUAGUGAGUCGGAGCCCGGAACGCCAGGUGUGUGAGUGUGUAUCUAUAGCGGCACCUUCUCCUCUACCUCCUCUGCACCAACAUCUCCAUUAAUGAUGUCCAGGCCCGGUCCCAAUUGAUUGUUAUUGUUCCACGCUGCUUCGCAUUAGCAGCAAGUCUUUAACCUCCGACUCAUAUUGUCCUGACUCUGUUUUUCUGCCGUUGCUCGUGUCAGAGGGGACGGAGAGGGAGGGGCGCUCAUUAACCUCCGUCAGGGAAACACGCUUUUGGUCGGUCUGACGAAGCCCGUUUAGGCCUGUAAUUGGAUUUAAUGUGAGCAGAGAAAGAAAAAGGAUUGUAAAUGUUUUUUUUUUUGUUUUUUUUUUUAUAUCGUUUAAAUGGGCUGCAGCGAGAGAGAAGGUAGAGAAACAGACAGAAAGCAAUAUCAAAAUGAGGCUUUUCUUGCAAGCUCGAAGCACUUUCCCCAUUUCUGCUGCCGUCUAAAUGCUUUUCAAACCACUGACCCCCGCUGUUUCCUUCUCAUCCAUUUCCUGCAGACAGCAUUGGUUUCUGCAGGAUGUAAAUAUGCGCUGCAUUGUUUUCUUUGGUAGUUGGUUUGUUGUUUAUUUUUGUUUUGUUUGUUUUUUUUUCUUCUUUCUUUUUUCUUUUUGUUCUUUUUACUGUAUUCAGACCUAAAGCAUUUUUGUGGAGACCUGGUCCAAGCGCAAAAACAUGGCUCUUCUUUGAGUAUAUUAUUGUCAGAAAAUGUUUUGUAAAAAUUUUGAUGAUGAUAUCAGAAAUAAACAUCUGAAGAUGGGA